AUGGCGUCUGUAGAGAGACAGAGAGAUAGGGAAACACCUCACAGCCUCUUAGGGGGUCGUCACCGGAGGAGACGCCAUCAGCAGGAAGAGUCAAUCGAGCUGCUGGAGGAGCUCGGCCUCCCCAAGGGCUUCCUGCCCCUCGAGGACAUCCAGGAGUUGGGGUACAACCGCCAGACAGGGUUCAUGUGGCUGGUGCAGGGGAAUAAGAAGGUGGAACACACCUUCAAGAAGAUCGAGCAGACCGUGUCGUACGCCGCUGAGGUGACGGCAUUCGCUGAGAUGGACAAGCUGAGGAAGAUCACCGGCAUGAAGACAAAGGAGCUGAUGCUCUUGCUCAGUGUCGUCGAGGUGUAUGUCCCUGAGGCCUCGCCGGAGAAGGUUACCUUUAAGACUGGCACUGGCCUAUCCGACACCUUCGAUGCCACUGCCUUUGCGCUGGAGAGUAAUUAG